ACUACAAUUUUCCCUAACAUUUUAUAUAUUCUAUACUAUUAAAGCUCCCAGAAAUGAAGCCAAUCAUUCUGAGAGGACAUGGAAGACCACUAACAUGUGUAAAAACCAAUAAGCAUGGUGAUUUGCUCUUCACCUGCGGCAAGGAUGCAAUCUUGGCAUUGUGGAGGACAGAUACAGGGCAACAAUUAGGUCGCUAUAACUGUGGGCGCGCUGUCGUUUGGGGUUGUGACGUCACUUUUGAUUCAAAACUACUACUGGCAGCCUCUGGAGAUUCUAAAAUUCUCAUAUUUGAUACCAUAAAGGGUGAUCUCUUGGCAUCGAUACAGGAAGAAGGUGCCUGCAAGUAUGUGGAAUGGAAUAGGAAUCCAAAUUUACAAAACAAAUUUGUCAUGAUUCAUGAUGAUUUUGGAGAAUUUGUAAAGAUGGCUGUUAAAGUAUACGAGGUUCAGUUCAGCACACUUCCAGAUGGAACGGUUAAUGUUAACUAUAACAUUAACUGGAUACAACGCAACUAUCGUAACAGAUGCAAUCAAUGCCAUUGGGGUCCACUAGACAAACAUAUAAUUACUGGGCAUGAUGAUGGAAUUAUAAAUAUAUGGGAUGCUGAAAAUGGCGCACAUGUAAAGAGAAUAGAAGCACACAAGCAAGCGGUAACAUGUAUCUCAUUCAACACCUACAAUUUGCUAAUGUUAUCUUGUUCUUCUGAUGGAACUGCUAAACUUUGGGAAGCCGCAACAUGGUCUAAUAUCAAGAACUACAAAACUGAUCGUCCUUUAAAUGCAUGCGAUAUAUCGCCAUCUUACAAUGUAGAAGAUGGUAAAAAGGCCCAUAUUAUUUUAGGAGGUGGUCAAUCAGCUGAUGAAGUCACAACAACAGCGGCAUCUGAGGGUAAAUUCCAAGCAUUAUUAUACCAUCUUAUCCAUGAAGAUGAAAUUGGAAGUAUAAAGGGUCAUUUUGGUCCAAUAAACACUCUCACAUUUUUGGCAGAUGGAUCUGGAUAUGCCAGUGGUGGUGAAGAUGGAUUUGUCAGAAUCUAUCAUUUUGAUAGAGACUAUAUACUAGAUAAAUACGACUAA